ACGAAAACCUCCGCAGUGCAUUUUGCGUGCAAAUCGUACCUUCGCUCGACAGGCGACAAGUGAAAUAAUCGAUCUGUUGUUACCCUAGUAAAAUAAGUAAAAAGAUCACGCGAAACAAAACGUGCCGCUCUUGCAAGCAGUUCUGUGCGUGUGCUGUUGGCGAUAGAAUAGUAGCAACCGAACCGACGACGCCUGCCAAUCGAUCAUCCUUCCGACAUUUGUCGUUAGCAUUUUUCCCUCUCGCGAUUCGGUGUAAUUGGAUUAUGACCGUGGCUGCGUCAUAAAUGUCUGCAUUGGUUUCUUUAUGUUUGCUGAAGAUUGAAUUAGUUGCCGACAGAAGCCGCAGCCAGUCGUCGGUCAUGUUGGGCCCCUCGGAAUCCGGAUCUGCCUGUGAUGAUGACGCAGCAACGGGAGGCAGCAUAGUUGGCGAUGAAGCUGCUGGUGCGGUGUCGAACGAACAUCCCAACAAUCCACGUCUGCAGCGAGAGAUGCGGGGCCAAAGAAAGCCGAAGAAAAUCACCAUCGAAAGCUAUCGUAACCGGCUGCUGGAUGGAGGACCGGUCCCUGCCGACGAGUAUCGUGGCAUCCUGCCAAAAAGUUCGCGCGAGCAGACACCGAUGGAUGAGGUGCCCCCACCGUCGGCCACCGAGAUCCUGGGAGAGAUCAAUUUCUUUUCCGGCAAUCCAUUCGUUGAAGUCACCAAAGGCAUCCUUCAUCUGUUCAAGAGGAACGAACGAGCGGACCUUUCGGAAGGUGGUGUUUCAAAAACACUUUGUUUGAUUGCCGUUCCGUCUUCGUUGAACUGUCACGAUAUACUCGACUUUAUCGCACCGUGUCAGAAGGAGAUCCAGCAUGUGCGAAUACUGCGUGAUGGGUCACCGAACCAGUUUAUGGUACUGCUCGAGUUCCGUUGUGUUGAGGGAGCGAUCGAAUUUUACAAAACGUUCAAUGGAGCUCCAUACAACACCCUGGAACCGGACACCCUCUGUCACGCCGUUUGGGUGUCGAGCGUUGAGUGGGGUCUGGAUGAUUGUUGCGUGACCCCACAGGGACACACCGAGCUACCGUCCUGUCCCGUGUGUCUCGAGCGCAUGGACGAAAGCGUGGACGGUGUGCUAACGAUCCUAUGCAACCACGUGUUCCAUGCCGGAUGCCUAAACAAGUGGGGUGAUUCGACCUGCCCCGUAUGCCGGUGCGUGCAAACACCGGAACUUUCCGAGCAGUCCGUUUGCAUGGAGUGCGAAGGAACGGAGGCACUGUGGAUCUGUCUCAUCUGCGGCCACAUCGGUUGCGGCCGAUAUCAGGGUGGUCACGCAGCGUCCCACUAUCGGACGACAAACCACACGUACGCCCUGCAGCUCGGUACGAACCGUGUGUGGGAUUACGCGGGAGAUAAUUUUGUUCAUCGUUUGUUGCAAAGCAAAUCGGACGGAAAGCUCGUCGCAACCCAAUCGCCCGGGGGAGAUGAUGGGGAGGAGAAAAUUGAUUCUAUGCAGCUGGAAUUCACUUACCUGCUGACAUCGCAGCUCGACGCGCAGCGCGAUUACUACGAGGAGCGCUUAUCUCGGCUCGAAUCGAUUGUCAGUGGUGAAAGGCAGAAGCUGCAGGAAGAUAACGAGCUGGCGAAGAAAAAGACUGCCGAGCUGGAGGUGAAGCUGCAGGCACUCACGAAAGAGAAAAACAGUCUGGAACGGAAAAUCACCCAACUAACAUCUAAACUGAGUACCGUUCUAGGUGAGCUGGCUGAAGAGAAACAGUUUGGGAAAACGCUCCAAGCGAAUCAAAUUACAUGGCAGACCAAAUUUUCCACCCUCGAGAAACAGUGCACGGAAAAGGAGCAGGAAAUCGUUGAGCUGAAGGAGCAGGUGCGUGAUCUCAUGUUCUACAUGGAGGCACAGAACACAAUUGCCGGUUCGGAGCUUAAAAGCGAACUAGUCGAUGGGACGGUAGUACUUCCGGCCGAUGCUGUAGUAGCAGCGGCCUCCUCUAUUUCCGCUAAUGGUGCGCUGUCCGUCGGUACUAGCGGAAAUGGAACUGCUAAAGCCAAGCGCCGUCAAAGGAGAAAGUAAGAAGAAUGCAAUACCGAGAAAUCGAAUCGUUUGCGUUAACUCGCCUUGAAAUUGCGCACAGUUUUUCGAACGGUACACGUCCGACACGUUUUAGCUGUAAACUAUAGAACUAUGGAAUUUUGGAAUUGUGAUAAAUUUUCUUCGGGGUUUUUAUUUCCUUUGCCAAUUAGUUAUAGAAAAUACCGUAAUAACGCGUAAAACUUGUGGAGAAAGGGGCAUGAUGAAAUACAGCUUUCUAUGUGAAACGCA